UACAAAGUGGGCGCCAACGCCUACACUUUCUCCAUUUGGCUCACCAACUCAGUCGACAAAACGGUCACUUGGACAGCCAACCGUGACAACCCUGUCAACGGCCACAGAUCUCGUCUCACUCUCCACGGUGAUGGUGCCAUGGUGCUCACCGAUGUCGAUGGCACAGUGGCUUGGAGCACUGCGACGAUAGCCUCCGCCGCUGCCCACUAUGCGAGUCUCCUUGACAACGGAAACCUCGUUGUCAAGGACCUUAAUGGCGGAAUUAUAUGGCAAAGCUUCGAUUCACCGACCGACACCCUCCUCCCAUCUCAACCAAUCACCAAGAACACCCAACUUGUUUCAGCAAUAGGAAGAGGGUCACCUUCUUCAGGAUACUUUGAAUUCCAUUUUGAUGAUAGAAAUGUUCUUAGACUAAAAUAUAAUGGACCAGAGGUUUCAAGUGUUUAUUGGCCGGACCCAGACAAAACUGUUUGGGAAAAUCGAAGAACUAUAUAUAACAGCAGUAGAUAUGCAGUGCUUGAUUCAAAGGGGAGGUUCUAUUCAAGCGAUCAUUUCAAGUUCCUUGCAGCAGAUGCAGGGAAGGCAGGGAUCAUCAGGAGGCUAACUCUUGAUUAUGACGGAAACCUCAGGCUUUACAGUUUGGAUAAUACAACUGGGUUAUGGUCAAUUACAUGGCAGGCACUUCUUGAGGCUUUCCAAAUUCAUGGUCUAUGUGGGAAAAAUGGAAUUUUUAGUUCAUACCCAAGGUUGGAGUGCUUGUGCCCUCCUGAUUUUGAGAUGACUGAUCCUAGAAACUGGAAUUCGGGCUGCAAGCCAAAGUUUAAUCUCAACUGCUCCAUGAAACCAGAGGAGAUAGAAUUCAAGUAUUUACCAUACACAGAUUUCUGGGGGUUCGAUUUCAAUGCGUUUGACUUGCUUUCUUUGGAUGAAUGCAAGAACAAAUGCAUGAAAGAUUGCAACUGUCAAGGAUUUUCUUAUAAGGUAGGAAUUGGACUCUGUUAUCCCAAGAGCAUACUAUAUAAUGGAAGGACUACUCCUUAUUCUGACAUCUAUAUAAAAGUUUCAAAAUAUGUAACAAACAUAAACAGCUCAAAGUUGCAGCAGCUGGGAACAAUUUGCAACGCAACUGAAGGUGCUCUAACAGUUGGUUCUUCACCGAAGAUGUUGAAGGGUUCAUCAAAAAAGAUGAUUUGGAUCAAUUUGUACAGCUUCUUGACUGCAAUUUCUGUAGUUGAAGGCUUGUUCAUUGCAAUAGGAUGGUGGUUUGUAUACAUAAAGGAGGAUGAUCACGUUUUGAUGGUAGAAGGCUACAAGGUUAUUUCGAACCAGUUCAAGAGAUUUAGUUAUAGAGAGCUCAAGAGUGCGACGAGGAACUUCAAGGAAGAGCUUGGUAGAGGAGGAUCAGGAGUUGUGUACAAGGGAGUGUUGGAAAAUGGGAUGGUGGUGGCUGUGAAGAAGCUUGAAGAUGUGAGUCAUGGGGAACAAGAGUUUUGGGGAGAAGUGAGUGUUAUUGGUAGGAUAAAUCACAUGAAUCUUGUCAGAACAUGUGGGUUCUGCUUAGAAGACUCACAUAGGCUUCUGGUAUCUGAAUUCGUGGAGAAUGGCUCACUUGAUAAGAUAUUGUUUUAUGGAAAUAAACUUCUUGGUUGGAAAGAGAGGUUUCAGGUUGCCAUUGGGGUGGCAAGAGGAUUGGCCUAUCUUCACCAUGAGUGCCUUGAAUGGGUGAUUCACUGUGAUGUCAAACCUGAGAACGUACUUCUCGACUGCAACUAUGAGCCAAAAAUUGCAGAUUUUGGGCUUGCGAAAUUGCUUAAUAGAGAGGUGAUUGGUUCCAAUGUGUCUAGGAUUAGAGGAACAAGAGGAUACAUUGCACCAGAAUGGGCAUCAAAUUUACCCAUCACUGGGAAGAUUGAUGUCUACAGCUACGGUGUUGUGCUGCUUGAGCUUGUGAGUGGGAGUCGGGUUUCAGAUUUGGUGAUGAAGGGAGUGACAGAGAUGGAGAUCAGGGCAAUGAAGAGAUUGUGUCUGAUGCUGAGGGAAAGUCUUAAAAUGGGAGGAGAGUCUUGGAUCGGGAAUUUAAUGGAUUCAAGAUUGAAGGGAGACUUUGAUUGCAAACAAGCAAUGAGGAUGGUUAAGGUGGCGAUAUCUUGCCUGGAAGAAGAGAGAAACAGGAGACCAAACAUGGAAGCAGUAGUUCAGAUGUUAGUUUCAGGUGAUGAGGAGUUUUAUUCUGAUGCUGCAGAGUCAAUACAAUUUUCCAGUUUAAGCACUCAGUAG